AUGGCGGCCUUUCGUCGAAGCGAACCAACUCAAGCUGCCCGCUCGCAGAGAAGAAAAGAAAAUGCUGAGCAGCAGGACAGUCGUGGCAGUAGACUCAUCCUCUUCUUUCCUCUCAUUCUCUCCGCCUGCUGCUUCCAUCUCCACUUUCGCCGCCGCCACUUACCAUUUUUGAACAGACGGCUCGGGUUCUCCAAAUGCCCCACCAAUCGUGAUCACAACAUCAUCCCGAAGCCGCAACAGCAUAGCAGAGUGAUGGAGGGUUUCAUUGCUCGAGCAGCGGAGGCAUCGACGCCGCAAUUGGAGGACGCCGAUGCACUCAUCGACUCCGUUGAGACCUUCAUCUUUGAUUGCGACGGUAUAAUUACCUUUUCGUGGUCUUUCAUUCUCAAUUCCCACAAUUAG